AUGGACGCAACAACCAUGAGAAUGUUCAUAGAAAGACGUCGCCUGGCGGCUCUUCGACGAAAUUAUUUACGUUUCUCAGGAGAUACACCAGCCUUCCGUCGUCUAUGCGACCGCAUAGAAGAUGUGGAAGAGCAUGUGUGCAAUGCGUGUGCGGACAGCACCUGCGCAACGGAACAUCUUCAUCAGCAGAUGGAGGACACCGCGAUCCAGCGGCUGAACCGAGCUAUUGACAGCUUGGAGGACACUGUCUUCUUUACAGUGAACACUAGCUUGCAAAGCACUCCAGGACAGAGCAGUUUGUUCGAUUUCGGGUUGCAGACUUGUCUGCCGGAUUGCCUGCGAACAGGGCGCUGGCCACAUUCCGUUUGUGUGGCAGUUCCAGGGACAUUCGAUGUUGACAAGCUAUCUGGUAUAGCGAUUCUGGACGUUCUCGCACUCGUGCAUCCACAUCCACGGGACUCUGAUCUGCAAUUUCGACACAUGGAUCAUUCCUACACGUGGAAAGGCCAGAAGGUAUCUCUGUCUGUGACUGGGCUCAUUCACAGCCUGACUGCACGCUUCCAUGCACCAGAGGCUCUGCGUGCAAUGCGGAACGGCAGAAACUGGCCUCGUCCCGAUCAUGUCGUCCCGGACAUGAUUCAACGACUGCGACAAGUUCUACGAACGGAUGUGUUUAUUGAGUCGGAAUUUGAUGGGCUCUUGGACGCUCCUCAGGUGGAUGUCGAGGCCGUCUGCCGGCGACUUCGCGACCUGAUCUGGACUCAUCCGGGCUACAAGUACUUGGCAACAGAGCUAACUCUGACUGAUACUGAGAUACUGCAGAAAUGGGAAUGCAAUCGGCGAAUUGCCGCUGCUGCAGGCACCUGGAUGCACGCGAAGUGCGAGUGUCUGCUGAAUGGUGGACAAGUGCCAUCAGAUUCACCGGAGGUCUGCAUGUUCCUCAAGUUUCUGCGAGACUUCCACGCAGAGGGGUGGAUUUUUACAAGGACAGAAUGGACUGUCUACGCAGACAAGGAAGAUCUCGCUGGAUCCAUCGAUGCGGUCGCGCAGCGGGGCACAGACAUUUGUCUGCUGGAUUGGAAGAGGACCAAGCAGUUGGCGUCGAAGGAUGAUAGUUUCGGUCGCUUUCUACAAUAUCCUCUUCAAGACAUCCCUGAUGCAGUGCUUUGGCAUUACAGAAUUCAGCUCAACAUUUACGCAUGGAUCCUUCGAACCUACUACAAUGUUGUUGUGACGGACUUACGAAUCGUGUGUCUCCACCCCGACAAUGGCUUCUCGGCUUUGGUCGUUCCCGUUCCUCUUCUGUCGGACUGUAUGACUGAGUUCAUGAUAUGGCGACGAAACGAUCUGCAGUCGCGCAUAUGUCUGACAGGAAGUCAGAGGAGUUCAGACAUGACCGUGACGUCUGAUCUACGUGCCGGAAGCCAAGAAGAUGGAGAUUCUUUCUCACAAAUGCUUGAACGGCAGCUGGAGGAGACACUCGAGAUGGAAGGACCGAUGCCGAAGCAGGAGGAAACACUCGAGGCAGAAGAACCGAUGCCGAAGCGACUGAAAGCCGCCGGAUCCAAAGACUUCAUAGAUAUGAGUGUGACCCUGAUCGCAGGCGAAGCGGACACAUCAGAAGUUACCCUGAGCCAGUUCAUGAGCACUGACUUCAACCCAGCAUUAAUCCCACAGGAGCUCUCAGCUGGGGUUGAAGGGGGUAAUAUCCUGGAACAGUUACAAGAAAUCCGCGAUGUGAUCAAUGAAUUUGCAAAUGUCGAAACAUGGUCUGAGCCAUUCCGUCACAUCAUGGAAGGGGCGCUGGCCGUACAUCGUCUGCGGCUAUUGGAUCUGAGCAGACGCGAAGAGGUUUUGUUUCUGGAGCUAAUCGAAGGAAGAGGACUUCAUGUGAGAGCACACGACAGUCAGUGCUUCUUCUACUCGGAGUAUGGGCACUGGUCAGCUUAUAAUGGUGUUGUUCCUCAAGGAACACUGGCACGCUGCAAAACUUUUCUCAUGCAGUUGGAAGGGCUGUACUCCAUGUUCGACAACAAUGUUCUUCGAGAGAACGAAGGCAUCCUGGUUGCGGCACAGGAAUUAUUGCGACAAUACGGAGGGCGAUCGGAACAGCUCCUUGCAGCCUGCGAGAAAGCUGCCAUCUGUCGUGUCCCUCCAACAAAAACCAAGCAGCAGGGCCACGGCGAAGAUGAUACUCCCGCGCAAGCUGCAGUUGGCAUGCAUUGGACUGCCGUCAUGGCGAACACCAUUGGUAAACUGUACGUGAAAUUGCAGACAUCUCUGCUGAACGACAGUGUCAUCAAGUAUUACAUCGAGUGGUGUUCGAUAGAUGUAUGUCAACAGGGUGGCUUCUGCACCAUGGAUGGCUGCUUCGUUUUCGACCCACGUGGCGGCUUGAAGGCUGUUCCAAAGUCUCCUCAAAGGAAUGUGUACGUGCACCUGCCACAUCGCAUGCUGGACCCGGUAGCGGAUGAUGUGAAGAACCGACUCGACAUGUUCUGGAAAACCACUUACUGGGGGAACGCACCUGCGUUUGACGUCUGUAUGGCUUCUCUCACAUUGGCUUUUCGUGGUGAAAAUGUGGACCGCGCAUUCUGGGGCGUGGGAUCAGGCGGCGUGGGGCAGAGCUUACAGACUGCUCAUUUGGAAGCCAUUCUCGGCAACUAUCACUCGUGCCUGGAUAUGAAUAUCUAUUUCAUAGACGAGGAGAGUGUCCAAGGAUCGAGACGACCGAUGCGAGAAGACAUCUACAAGAAACACAUUUCGGCUGACAAAGUGCCUGAACGCUUGCCCUAUGCCAUUCGGACUGGCUUGGUGGAGCUUCGUGGUUGGAAGCGCUUUGAGCUGAACGCUUACCCCAAGUUCGCUGGAGUUACAGAGGAGAACAUCAACUCCAUCAUGCGCCGUACAGCGGUAUGUCGUUACAAGGCUACCUUCGUAGAUGAAGCCAGGAUCAAGGGUCGUGAAGUCCAGGCUGCCGCCAGUGGCAUUUUUCCGAGGGAUCCCACAUUGAAGGAUUUCCUCCGAGACAAACCUGCGUGCUUGGUGACUCUGCGGUGUAUCUGGAACUAUGCGCGUGGGCGCACUGCCGCUGAGUGUCGUGCAGUCCUUGAGAACUAUGUGGUUCAUGGAGGCGACCGUGGUCUAACAGCUGCAGCUGUACGAUCCAGUUGUGGUCUUUCUGUCACGGAAGGCCCUGCAGCAGAUGCGAUUGAUGAAGCUUUGAAACUUCCGCAUCCAGGCGAUGACGAUCCGAUAGCAGCAGCGGCCCGAGCGCAGAGGAAGGAGCAGAUGAAGUCUAUGCAGGUGAUCAUGGACUGGCUUAUAGAUGAAAGCAAAGACUGGUUUACAGUGGCUCAGCUCCGGAGUACGAAGACAAAGGUCGUUUUCUCCUUCAACCGAUCAGAUGCACAAGAGAAAGUAGACGAACUAGUUGCAGCAGGGCUACUGAUAUGUGAGACAACGAUUCUCCCAAAAGUAAGCAAGACCUUCAUCUAUGUUCCACGAAUAGCCACGCAGAAAGCCCUAUCAGAAGUGAUUCCUCUCGAUCACGAUCAGAACAUGGUCUUCACAGAAGAGUGCGACUGGAACCGGAUGCGAAGUCGACUGGGGCCAGAUACGUCUCGCAUGUUGAACAUGAAGACACUUACUCAAGGUUAUCGACAGAGACACGUACCCGAAGGCUCGAAACGAGGCCGAGGUGCGCCCAGCAAGCGGAUCACCGGGAGCGAAACCGACAGAAAGAUGAAGGAGGAGUUACAAGUCGCAAUGGACAGAGAUGCUGCCAUGUGUCGAGAAGUCCGAGAACUCGUAGAAGGAGGAGAAAAAUCUGCAGACCACAAAGUAGCGAUGCAGCGUCAUUAUUUCUACCCAGUGACGACCAGAUGUCGCCGCUUCCUCAAAACGAACGGUGCACAGAACUGCACUCGCCUGACGAGGUCCAUAUGCUUCCCCCAUGCACGCGACUUCGACAUCCACGCAUCUAUGUUCACGAUCGUUGUGCAGUUGGUCGAUAUGGUUGGUGCAAAAGAUGUGAAGAUUCCAUCAUGGCGAGCCAUUGCCGCCGACCGCAACAAGGUCUGCUCGCAGAAGCUGUGUUCCUCAGGUCAGCGAGGCAAGCAGAUAUUGAUGGAAGUGGCUAAUGGAGCGUCUCCGGAUAAGUACGAGUGUCAGUCAAGUGCAGGAAGGGAAUUCCUUCAAGACCUAGCCCGUGAGAGCAGAGUACUGAGAUGGCUGGCAUGUUCCCAGAUGCUGGACAUGUACAAGCAGUACCGCAGCCAGUCCAAAAAUCACUGGCCGGAAGCCACUGUUUUCUCGUACUGGUGGACUGCUGCGGAAGACUACAUCCUCCAGCACAUGCUCGACCUCGUACGACAACACCCGGUGCAGGGUCACGUGUCCUGUCACUUUGACGGCGUUCUUCUGGGAAAAGAUAUGGUGGAUGCGAUUGAGGCAGCGGAGCACCGAAGUUUCAUCGAAUCCGUGCAGCGGCGCGUGCUUCAGAACACCGGGCUGCGAAUCCGGCUCAAGGAGAAGACCGUCGAGUCCUUCGAGAAAAUGUUAACCCACAGAUUGCAGACAAGUGCGGUAGAUCCAGGAUUCGGGGAUCAUCAAUCUUUGUUUUGCAGUGCGCCGAACUCGAUUCCAGCCGCUUUCGUCUUCACAGGUUGCGAUCCGAAGAGCGUUGCUUCUGUUCUGCAGAAGGAAUCACCCGAGAACACCAAGGCCUCCACACAGCGGGUGCGACAGUACUCCGACUGGCAUGGCUUUAAUGACAUGUAUCUGAUGCCCGCGACCAGCACAGAUUCUCAACCAGAUGGUGAUGGCUUGCUGCAUAUGGAGCUUCUGGAUGAAUCGAUUUGUCUGGGCAUCAGAAUUGUCCCUGCAAACCAGAUUCUUCUUCUUCAUCGUGACAAAGUUUUCGAAAGCAGCUGGUCCAACUUGGCAUGCAUGAUUGAUGGCUUCGUUGGCUUCAGGGAAACGAUGUUCUUCAAGAUUAUGAAGGAGGAUCCGAAGUUGGAGCAAGCGGACAACGGAUUCCUGGAUCUACUGGCCGCAUCAUCAACAUCCAGGAAAAGGCCAGCAGCGGAUGUGCAAUCAGAGCCAGCCGGAGGUCCACAGAAUGAAGGGGAAGUCGAUGUCGGGAAUGCAAUGCGGAGGCUGUUGCAGAAAGAAGUGGAAGAGGCCGUUCUUCUACUAGAUGCCAAAGCCAACACCUCUUUCUUGGCCACUACCUGUCCCUGCUGUCCCUGGCGUCGCUUCGAAAAAAGAGCACAUCUCAGGCAUCAUCUCCGAACCCAGCACACCGACAAGAAGCGUUAUUGCCCGUCGGGAACGAAGCAGCUCAGAAUUGCCGUGUCGAUUUAUGAUCAUGACACUGGCGCGGGCCACACGCUUCAGCCGACUUUCCUGUCUCGCUCGGCAGCUAUCAUGCGAGCAGACGUGAAGCCACCAUGCCCAACCAGAAAGGUGCACAUUGACAAGUACGUCAGGUACGUCUUCUGCAAGACCGGCCCAUCACUCAUGGGACUCCACACCAUCAAGAAGCAGAACAGCCUGCGACGUGUGGGCAACUUCUACUACACCUACGACUUCGCCUGUGCGUUCAUCAAGGCCGCAGCCUCGGGUAACGUUUCUCUGAUGAAGAUAUACACGGAAUUUUUGGGCUUUUGCACACGUCACAAUGGUCAACUGGCAUCGAUGCUGCCUAGAGCGACGAACGGAUUCUGGAUGAAUGUGCUUGAGGACCUUCUCCAUGCUCCAUCUAUCACAGAGUAUCGUGAGAAUCUCCUAGCAGAAUGCAAAGAUCAUGAGGAAUUUCAGUACUUGAGCAUUGAUGCAACGUUCAAGAUCAACCUGAAGAUCAUUGGUCAAUCCAAAUUCCACUCGUCUCAGUCGUCGCGUGACAAUGCUCCCAUUCCGGAAGCCGAUGCCGCCUACCGUACACUUACGUGCCGCGCUCGCACUGGUGCAGCUGUGCUAAUUCGCGUAGUUCGUUCGGAAAAGGCUGCCGUCAUCGCCGAGACUUUGGCCACAACACUCUCACAAGAACAGCGAGCUCAAGUUCUGCACGUCGCGUCCGACAAUCCUUCGGCUGAGAUGUUCCGCGCACUCAAGGAUGUUUUGCCAGCGCUCCGGAGCAUUGCUCUGGAUGCUAUGCAUAUCGUUAUGGUCUACCAGCAAAACAUGAAUAACAAGAAAACACAAGGAACUCGUUGGUUGUCUGUGAUCAUGGAUAAGUUUCGCAAAAGUGAUCCGACACGCUCCGCAGCCUCCUGGGGACCAUUCUACACAGGAGAUAAUCUUCCUCGCGGCAGUGCAGACAUCCGGACUAUGCGAUCGAGAUUGGAGACACCUGAUAUGUCCCACGCUCAGGCAUAUGGGAACCUCGAACAGCUGGACCCAGAUACGCCUUGGCUGACCGAAAUCGAGUUCCUAGAGUCAAUGCUCGCUCAUAUGUCACUCUUCUGGGACGAGUUGCAGAAAACCACUUACAGUGGAACAUCCUUACAUCGACUCUUGAUCAAUGUCGCCUCCCCAGCGAAAGUACAAUGGCUCAUGAACGACACUCGCUACCGUCAUUCGGUAGAUCGACGGGGACUGAUUCUAUUACCGAGCGGGACGACCUCCAAUGAAAGCCUACAUCAUGAACUCAAUCAUUGGUUCCGCGAAACAGAGCUUCGUCUGCAAUGCGUGCUUAUGCAUAUUUGGCAUGUAAUGUAUGUAAUUGUAUCUUCCACUUGCAGGCUGCCAUGCACAAAGCCACGCUGA